GUUAUCUCGACAUAAUUUUCAUAUCGUACACCGGAAGGACUACGCAGACAAUAGAAUAGAUAGUGCAAAUAAACUAGCGGCCUAUGCAAACUGGAGAUUUCUGGCGGCGAACCAGUUAGACAUAUUCUGGCAGAAAUGUCUUUUGACUUCUGCCUGGCACGCGCCUGAAACCGGCACUGGAUACCUAACGCUCCUCCACAAACGACAAGCUGGCUACCGAAUUCGCACUAUCCAACAACAUCGACGCGUGAGACAUUACUGAAGAUCUUCCAGUUCUUCUCUCUUCUCACCUUCAUCAGCACAAAACCAACCAAGAACAAUGACUACGCAUAUACCACCUCCCCCUCCACCACCCCAGGCAGCGCCCAUACCAUCCCCGACUCCCCCUCCCCCAACUGUAUCUCCAACUGCCCCUCCGGGCGCCUUCCUCGUUGAACUGAUCAUCUUCAACGGGGCGCCCUUCAAAGACCACUGGGCCUACUGGGUCCACUCCCCCGACAGCCCCAACCUGGGCGUCCAAGUCCACGCCGCGGGGGACGUCUACAACGGGUUCAAGCGCGAAGCCAGACGGAGCCUUGACUUGCGCUCUACCACCCCUGCCCCGACAAAAAGGAUCCCCCUGCAGUGGGUCGAGGGAAGGUUCUUCGACGAGAGGGCCAUGCUGAAUGCGGGCUCUUUUUGUGAUCACUAUGCGCCUGUCACGCACUUUGAGAUCGCCGGGGAAGACGUUGAAUGCGGUUGAUGAUGUGGUUUGCUCCUUUUCUUGGAUUUUCUUGUCGUUCUUUCUUUGGGUUUCUAGGAAAUCAUUGCUUGGAGAAGUGAUUAGCUGGAAUCUGUUUGUUUUACUGUACAAUUCCCACUGAUGCAAUGCUAAUUUGGAUAUCUCAGACUGUACCUGCAACCAGCGUGGGCAGGAAAAUUAGCCAGCGCAACUGCCAGACAUGGAUUGUUGAGUCAGCAGAACAGCUUGUCAAAGACAAAAUAUUGAGCAGGGAAGUAGCUGAUUACCUGCGGGCUAUU